AUGAGUAGUAAGCUUGAAGAUGCAGAAGCCAAAAUAUUGAGAAACGGAUCAGGAACCGAUUCUGACAGCGAAGAAAACAUAGAUGAGCUCUUUGAAGAGCUAGAGGAUGAAGAUUUUAUGUCGAGAUACAGAGAACAAAGAAUUGAGGAAAUAUCAAGACACCUAAAACAGACGCGUAAAAAUGUGCAUGAUAAUGAUCAUGGUAAGCUUAAUGAAGUUGAAGAUGAGAAAGAAUUAAUUAAAAUAAUCAAUCAAAACAAGGACGGCAAUUUGAUAAUACACUUCCAGUUAGAAAAGUUCCCAAAAUGUCAGUUCAUGAAUAAACAACUGGGGAGGUUAGCAUCAAAAUAUGUAAAUACAAAAUUCAUCAAAGUUGAGGUGGAAAACUGUCCUUUUUUUGUUACUAAAUUACGUAUUAAGGUCUUACCCUUUGUCAUUGGUUAUAGAAAUGGGGUUGAGAAAAUAAAGCUAGUUGGAUUCAGCAAAUUAGGUAAUGAUCCAAAUGUGUUUGCUUUUGAAUCUCUCGAGAAUCUGUUACUUGCUAGUGGAUUAAUUAAAAAAUUCAAUAUUCGAGAAGUCACCCACGACAACGAUAGUAGCAGUGAUCUUGAUAAUUAG